CGUUCCGCUAGAUGACACUAAAUUCUACACACUGCAGUGCACCUUUAAGACUAUUUUCAAGGCUGGCUUCUUCACAACAGUAUUUUGUACGCUGAUGGAAACCCUGAGCGUUGCAGAGAGGGAAAUCGUGGGUUGCAAAAACUCCAGCCGGCCAGGACGUCGCGUACACAGAUUUCCUGACAGGAAAAGGAGCCGUGCUGGCUUUAGUGCCUGGGUGCGUUUUGUGCAGGCGGAGAGACCGGACUUCACUACUGCGUCUGUUACAAAAAGCGCGGUCGUGUGUGGCGCUCAUUUUAGACCGGAGGAUUAUCUUCCCAGCGAUAUGAUACAGUUCAGGAUGGGAUAUCGAAGCCGGGGCCGGGUGAGACUGACUACUGGUGCGGUUCCUUCACUGCACGCAGUGGCUGUAUCAAGGCCGCCAUCAGCAGCCGGUUCUGAUUUUUACGCCGGCGGGAGUAGGUCUAAUGGUCACCAGUCCGGCGUCAGAGAUUCAGCUCUACGAAAACGUAAACUGUGCACCCCGGUGUUGGGAGAUACUGCAAGUAAUGAAGGGACAGAUGCACCAACAGCCCGUGCUGCAGUGCCUGCAGACCCAGAGCAAGAGGCCGUCUCUCCACUGGCUCCUCAACCAUCUGUGCCUCAACACUGUGGCUCACAGUGUGACCUCAGACCUUUACAUCGUUCAUCAGAUCCCUCUCUCCCUGUCUCCUCCCUGUGCCUUCUGGUUCCUCCACUUCAACUCCUCUCUGCAUCCAUGUGGCAAGUGCUGCAGCAACAAGACGUGUUGCAUUAUGGGAAACUGGAGGACUUUGUGUCUCUGGUGGUGGAGAUGUUCCCAGAGCUGCUGAGUGAGAGCCAGAGGACCGAGCUCACUCUGGGGCUGCAGGACAUGUCCCCAGCAGAGAUUGGCUGUAAAACUGACCCAACUCUAGAGGUUCUGUUGUGGGAGUUCCUUUCCAGACUGGAACAGCUGCUGCCGGUACCAGACCUCAAACAGACAGUGUCCUGGCUCAGUGCUGCCCCCUCUGUCCUGGAGGUCUGUGUGCAGUCUGUUUCUUACCCAGACCAGCUGAAGACCCUUCUCAGGCACCACAGAAGUCUUGGACAGUUGGACAUGAAUGGGACACUUCCCUCCAUGGAGGACUACAAGCUGUCCUCUAUGUCCCGCCCUCCCUCUCAAAGAGUGGUGGAUUCUACCAAGCUGACGAACAGCAAGAGCCAAUCGGAAUCCGUAACUGACUGCAUGAACUGUUUAAGCCCCGCCCCUUCAGAUGAACACACAAAGGCAGAAUCUCUGAUAUACAGCUCAGAUUACACAGGGGUAGAGUCAAAGCCAAGUUUGAACAGAUGUGAAGACACAGAGGAGAAGACAGAGAGGAUGCGUGGAUAUCUGUUGAGCAGAGAGCAAAAAUACAAACUAACCAACAUGAAGGAGGAAGAUGGGGUGAGGCAGAGUGUGAAAAUUGAGAGAGAGGAUGGUGUGAGAGAUGGAGAGAGACACAGGAAGGAGGAAGAAGAAGCGAGGGAGGAACAUAUAACUGAUCAAACUGGCAAAUUGGUGCAGAAUGUAGUAAAAACAGAACAUGGACAACAGGAAAGAGAGGAUCUGUCUACUGUGGUCACUUCCUGUCGGGUAAAACAGCCUAGAGUGCUGAUUGCCCGACUAGAAAUUGCCUCCACACCUUCUCUCUCCUCAGGACAAGCUGUUGAAGCGUCGUAUCGGGUCUUUGCCUGCUCCCAGUGCCCAUUCGUUCACACAGAGGAAGUGAAUUUUCAGCAGCACAUUGAGAUGGUUCACCCAGAGGAGCUGAACAGGACUGUGGUGUCCCAGCAACCUCCCAGCACCACAAAUCAGCACCUCACCCCACCUAAGACACCCCCCACUCUUACACGGUCCGGCACUUUACGGGCCCACACAUGCUCCCACUGUGGGAAGAGUUUCCGUAAUUUAAGUCGUCUGAAAGUGCACAAACGUACUCACACAGGGGAGCGUCCCUUCCCCUGCUCCCAGUGUGGAAAGAAUUUAAGCCGCUCGGAGACUUUGAAACAACACCUGCGAACUCAUACAGGUGAGCGCCCGUACCACUGCUCCCAGUGUGGAAAGAAUUUCAGUCACUUGGAUACUUUGAAACAACACCUGCGAACCCAUACAGGUGAGCGCCCGUACCACUGCUCCCAGUGUGGUAAGAGUUUCGGUCAUUCAAGUUAUUUGAAACAACACCUGCGAACCCAUACAGGUGAGCGCCCGUACCAGUGCUCCCAGUGUGGGAAGAGUUUCAUUCAGUCCGGUCAUUUGAAGCAACACCAGCGAAUCCAUACAGGUGAGCGUCCGUACCAGUGCUCCCACUGUGGGAAGAGUUUCCGUAAUUUAAGUCGUCUGAAGGUGCACAAACGUACUCACACAGGGGAGCGUCCCUUCCCCUGCUCCCAGUGUGGGAAGAGUUUCGGUCAUUCAAGUUAUUUGAAACAACACCUGCGAACCCAUACAGGUGAGCGCCCGUACCAGUGCUCCCAGUGUGGGAAGAGUUUCAUUCAGUCCGGUCAUUUGAAGCAACACCAGCGAAUCCAUACAGGUGAGCGUCCGUACCAGUGCUCCCACUGUGGGAAGAGUUUCCGUAAUUUAAGUCGUCUGAAGGUGCACAAACGUACUCACACAGGGGAGCGUCCCUUCCCCUGCUCCCAGUGUGGGAAGAGUUUCAGCCGGUCAAGUACACUGAAGCGACACCAGAGAACUCAUACAGGGGACCGCCUGUAUUUUGCUGGUGUACAAUUUGAAAUCAGCAAACUCACACAGGGUAACGUCUGGAACACUCGCAAAUUUGCCAGGGAGAGGACACAAGCAUGCCCCCAUGCACAGUGACGAAGACAGAGAGGAAGGCCAAGAAUAUCCCAAGACCUGCAUUGUUUAGUGUAAUCUUCAUGUUAUCAAGCUGCAUAAUACUUGUUGGAUGCCACCUCAACAAGCGCUUUGGAAGGGUUGCACAAAUGCAGCCCUUGCAGAGAGCAACCUGUAAAUUUAAGUGCCUGACCUUUGCCAAGCACCAUUGGAACUACAAUUUUCAUCCUGUGUUGUGGUCAAAUGAGUCCAAACAGCUUCUGUCUAGUGGCUGGUUGCAAUAAUGUGUUAACUGGAACCCUUUAUAAAUUACUGUUCUCUUUUUUUUUUUUUUGAAAAAUAAACUAACAGAUGUCAGAAUUUCUUUAAGUCUUUGCAGCAGUUGUUUGGGAAAUUGGAUACAGCAUGUGUGUCCUUGCCAAAAUUAUUGAACAACAUUUUGAAAAUAUCACUUAUUUACACCUUAUAUUACUUGUUAGAAUAAUUUAUUUCUCCCAAAUGAUAUGCAGUUGUGCACAUUCAUUUAAACGACAAUUUAUGAGACAAGUCGAAAGAUAUUUAUGUGUGGAUAGUAAAAUGCAUUUGUGACGUCUCUUAUUUAUGGAUCAUGAUACACACAUUUGUCAAUAAUAUCGAGACUAAUCUCUAUAUUUUUUCUGUUAAAGUAGGCUAUUUUACUUUGAAUGGCUCUGACUUGUCAGUAGUUAUCCAUUUCAGUUACAUUCCUGACUUCAUCGAGUUGGAUACAUUACCCUGGAUUUUUACUACCAUUAGGUUACUAUAAAUUACUGUACAUCAAAACUAAGUAGCCCACUGUCGUAUGGUGUACAAAAUGACAUGACACUAUAGUGACCUGUGCUUGAAGUUAUGAUUAU